UUUAAGAGGCUAGAAGGAGCUGCCUCUUUUUUUUUUUUUUUGAGGGCUUUGUCUGUUAUGGGAGAGAUAGCUACUUUGCCCAACUAAUCCUAAUCAUGAAGUUUUUAGGGUGUUUAUUUCUUUGUUUCUGUUUGGACAGGUUCUUCUUUCCUGGGGUCCUAUGUGCCCCUAGUUUGAGAAAUGAAGGGACUUCUCAGCCAUUACAUUACUGCAUCACAGAGAUGCAGGCCUCCAAGAGAUCUCCAUCAUUGGUUCUUCCAAAAGAAAAUGGCCAAGGCCCACAUGCUCCUCUUUUCAAGCUGCUGUCUGGUCAUUAUCCCCAGGGCUUGGAAACUGAUGUCUCAAGACCACCCCCAGAUUCUAGAGCCUUACGUUAUAUGAAGCAUUUGUAUAAAAUGUUUGCUACCAAGGAAGGUGUUCUUAAGCCCAACAAAAGCCAUCUCUACAACACUGUCCGCCUUCUUACACCACAUGCUGAAUGCAAGCAUCCGACUACUAAUGGAGAUCUUCAUUCAACAGACCUGUUUUUCAACUUGGAUUGUGUUACUGCCUCAGAGCACUUACUGAAGUCAGCCGUACUCUUCUCAUUGGAUGAGUCUGUUUCUACAGCUUCAAAUCUUACCUGUGUUUGCAACAUGACUAUUCAAGAAAGUGAUGCCUCCAGUCAAGUGUGCAUCAAUGUUCCACAUGCAAUGGUAUUCAUUCUGGAUUUGGAACGUAGACGCAAAUGGAUUGAGAUUGAUGUGACUGCUAUUCUUCACCCUUGGAUAGUCACCAAGAAAAGAAACAUCCAUAUGGCUGUGAAUGUCACCUGCUUGAAAAAUGAACAUUCUCCCAACUCUGAAUAUGGUUUCUUCAAUAUGGCACAAAGAUCCCUUUUUCUUCUCCUCUAUACUAUUGACACUAGUGAGCACACUUAUCACAGAUGGAAUUUUCUCCAAGUCAGAAAGAACUUUACAUUAUCUACUCUCAAAAAGCAUCCUUUCACAAUUCCCAGUGAAGAGGCCAGGAAAGGCCUUAAACAGGGAAGAGCACCUCGUCACCGAAGAGAAGAAGAUAGGAAAAUGAAAAACACUCCAGUUCCAAUAUUUAACAUAAGUCAGUAUUACAAACAGUUCUCCUUUCCUCAAAAUGAAUGUGAGCUUCACAGCUUUUGGUUGGAAUUCAGUCAACUGAACUGGGACAAAUGGAUAAUUGCACCACAUAGAUACAAUCCUCACUAUUGCAAAGGUGACUGUCCAAGAGUUGUUGGUCACCGCUAUGGCUCUCCAAUCCAUGCGGUGAUACAGAACAUAAUGCGGGAAAAACUGGAUUCUUCUGUCCCUGAACUUUCCUGCAUUCCAGCUGACUACAGUCCUUUGAGUGUUUUGAAGGUGGAGGCUGAUAGAUCAAUUGUAUACCAAGAAUAUCGGAAUAUGAUAGCGAAAACUUGUACAUGUCGUUAAAACUAAUUGUGAUGUAAUAAACCUUGUAGUUUGGUAUUUUUCCUUAUUGUGAAUUGCCAAUUAGUUGAAAAAUAAAGUAUGAAGUGUAAAAGCAGAUAAUUCUAAA